AUUGCCGAAACACAACCACAAGAAAAAAGUACCAAACCCACCAAACACCAAAUGAAAAUAAAGGGGUUCAAGUUGGAGGCGGUGCGUUUGGGUAGGUGAGUGCUGUUCUCUCUUAUAUAUGCUAAAUUCCCCGAGUCGAGUCUUCACCAACUACUACUCCGCCCGCCAAACUCCAUCUUCAUCUUUUGCUGUAACAGCGAAGCUCAAUAAUGGCGUCGUCGCUCUCCUCGAACCCAUUUUUGGGAGUUUCUCGUAAGGAAGGCUUCUCUGCUUUGGGAUCUCUAUCCUCUGAUCUUCGAAACCUUUCUUUGUCUCCUUCUCUUCAGUUCCCCACCGCUUCACCUACCCCCAAGAAGCUCCAAGUAAAGGCAGCUGGGAAUAGUUUUGGAACACAUUUUCGUGUUACAACUUAUGGAGAAUCUCAUGGCGGAGGUGUUGGUUGCAUAGUUGAUGGAGUGCCUCCUAGACGCCCCCUCUCUGAAGCUGAUUUGCAAGGCGACCUUGAUAGAAGGAGACCAGGUCAAAGUCGAAUUACUACUCCUAGGAAGGAAACUGACACAUGCAAAAUACUUUCUGGGGUGUAUGAAGGAAAGACAACUGGAACCCCAAUUCAUGUAUUUGUACCCAAUACUGAUCAAAGAGGACAUGAUUACACUGAGAUGUCGAUAGCUUACAGGCCCUCCCAUGCAGAUGCAACCUACGAUAUGAAGUAUGGUAUUAGAGCUGUGCAGGGUGGUGGUAGGUCAUCAGCAAGAGAAACUAUUGGAAGAGUUGCAGCUGGAGCAAUUGCCAAGAAAAUUCUCAAGGAAUUUUCAGGAACUGAGGUUUUCGCUUAUGUUUCACAAGUACACAAUGUUGAGCUUCCGCUGGGGUUGGUUGAUCAUGAGACUUUGACACUUGAUCAGAUAGAAAGCAACAUUGUGCGGUGCCCUAAUCCUGAAUAUGCAGAAAAGAUGAUUGCUGCCAUAGACACUAUCCGGGUGAGAGGGGAUUCCAUUGGCGGUGUUGUUACAUGUGUUGUGAAGAAUUGUCCACGUGGGCUUGGCUCACCAGUUUUUGAUAAACUUGAAGCUGAGUUUGCUAAAGCUCUCAUGUCAUUACCUGCAACAAAGGGCUUUGAAAUUGGAAGUGGUUUUGCAGGCACUCUUUUGACUGGAAGUGAACAUAAUGAUGAGUUCUAUCUUGAUGAGCAGAAUAGAAUCAGGACAAGGACAAAUCGCUCUGGUGGGAUACAGGGAGGAUUAUCAAAUGGGGAGAUUAUACAAAUGAGAAUUGCUUUCAAGCCAACUGCUACAAUUGGGAAGCAGCAGCAUACAGUGACUAGAGAUAAACAUGAGACGGAUCUAAUCACCCGUGGUCGCCAUGAUCCUUGUGUUGUUCCUCGAGCUGUGCCAAUGGUAGAGGCCAUGGUAGCUCUGGUGCUUGUGGACCAGUUGAUGGCACAACAUGCACAAUGCAAUUUAUUUCCUCUAAAUGAAGAACUACAGGAGCCCCUCGAGUUGCCCAAGUUUGUAGAAUCUGUUUAAGUCGCUCUAUCCAUGUGAAAGUUUGCCGACGUCUUUUAUCCAAAAGAUAGAAGUGAAUUUUUUCUUGGCCCCCCUGCAUACACAAAAUGGAGUCAAAUUUUGGCUCUUGUCUAGUUUGUGUUCUCUACCGAGUAAUGAGUUUUGCUUAUGUUGGAUGUUCCCUAUUGAAUAUGAUCUUCUUUUCAUCUAUUUUAUUGAAAUGAUUAACAUUUUUUUUUUCUACUUGAUGUAAUAAGCUAUGUAUUGUGAUUAAUAAAUUGGUCACAUGUAGCAGCAUGUAUCUACCUUUUGGUUCUUAGUUCCAUGGUUUUGGAUU